UGCAAGAGCUUUGGGCCGCAUGACCAUACGUAAACAAUAUAUGUUCAUUUUUUUAAGAUGUCUGUUGUCAUUACAUCAUCAGAUGUGAAUCAUACUGCUCCAUAUGGGAAAGUCUUGCAACUUCAGGUAGCAAGGUCUACUCUCAAUUUAUCCUCUUCUAUACUUUCUAAUUCUCCAGCAUGCAGAUUCUAGUUGCUGGUCUUUUAUUACUGGUUUUGAUCUACCUUCUCAAGUUAAUAUACGCCGUCAUCUGGCUGCCAUGGAAAAUUGGAACACACUUCAAGAAACAAGGCAUCAAUGGCCCACCCUACCGUCUCAUCUAUGGGAAUUCAGAAGAGAUCAUACAGCUGAUUAAAGAUGCUGCAUCAAAGUCGAUUCCCUUCUCUCACGAUAUACUGCACCGUGUGUCCCCACACUACUACAAAUGGUCAGCCAUGUAUGGCAAGACAGUUCUGUUCUGGUUUGGAUCUAAGCCUCGGCUCAUAUUUGCUGAUCCAGACAUGAUCAAAGAGCUUAUGGUCAACAACAGUGGUUCAAUUAUUAAAGAUGCAUUUAACCCACUGUCUAAGCUGCUGUUUGGACAGGGAAUUGUUGGCUUGGAAGGUGAUAAAUGGUCUGUUCAUAGAAAGAUUGCUAAUCAGGCCUUCACUAUGGAAAGAGUCAAGGCUUGGGUGCCCGAAAUUGUGGCCAGUGUUGUGAAUGAACUGAAUAAAUGGGAAGCAGAAAGUGGAGGAAGAGAUGAGUUUGAAAUUGAUGCGCACAAAGCUCUUCAUAACCUCUCUGCAGAUAUCAUAUCUAGGACGGCGUUUGGUAGUAGCUUUGAAGAGGGAAAGCGCAUAUUUGAGCUUCAGGACCAACAGGCUGUGCUUACUUUGCAGGCCAAGCGAAGUGUUUACCUUCCCGGCUUAAGGUUUCUACCAACUAGUGAAAACAGAAAGUCACAAAAGAUAGAGAAAGAAAUUCGGGAUUCAGUGAGGAUGUUGAUCGAGGCAAACAGUAAAAAUAGAGAAAACUCCAAGAAUCUGCUUACUCUGUUGACACAGGCCAGCAGCGAUCGUGAAGAAGACAGGCUGUCCGUGGAAGAGGUUAUAGACGAAUGCAAGACAUUCUAUUUUGCAGGAAAAGAGACUACUGCCAACCUCUUGUCAUGGGCGCUUCUCCUUCUAGCAAAGCAUCCUGACUGGCAAAACAGAGCCCGUGAAGAAGUUUUUCGCAUUUGCAAGAGCAACCAGCUUCCUAACUCUGAGAACCUUACUGAACUUAAGACAGUCACGAUUAUACUCCAAGAGACAAUGAGACUCUACCCUCCAGUUGGGAUGCUCAUCAGGCAAACGGCAAAGAACAUAAAGUUGGGCAGGCUCGACAUUCCAGCUAAAACAGAAUUCAACUUGCCAAUACUUGCUGUCCAUCAUGACACUGAGAUUUGGGGAGACGAUGCCAACGAGUUUAAUCCACUUAGAUUUUCUGAGCCCAGAAAGCAUUUGGCCGCGUACUUCCCGUUUGGUUUAGGCCCCAGAUUCUGCGUUGGCCAAAAUUUAGCCAUGGUGGAAGCUAAGAUCAUCUUGGCUAUGAUCAUCCAACGAUUUUCGAUGGCAAUAUCUCCGUGCUAUAUACACACGCCUAUAGUGGCAUGGACUCUGGAGCCACAAUAUGGCGCACAGAUCAUCCUCAGAAGGGUUAACUCUAGCUGAAUACUCUUUUCAGAAAGUAUGCUAUGCAUGAUGCAACUAUCCAGAAUGUCUAGAUUGUGUAAGGGAGAAAUUUCUCUGGCAUUAUCACCUGCUAGAUGCAAAUUAUAUGUGGAAAUAAGCCAAAAUCCCUUUGAAAAGGCCACUUUUCAAUGAAACUUUUCAGUUUUACAUUAUUUCAACAUUUUCCAAGUUUUUAUGUUUA